AUGGAUUUUGCAUCAAAAAUGAAAGUUCUCCACACUGUGGCUCUUGUUCUUCUCCUAUCAAUGGAGCCUGUUGUGUGUUUUGGACAGUGGAAAUGGAGUAGUACGACUAGCGGGGAAAAAAUUACCACAGAAGGGAAUGGAGAUCUUGUAACUGGUGGUUUGCCUGGCCAGACUGAUGUAAACUUCAAGCACUAUGCUGGCUAUGUCACUGUAAAUGAAACAAAGGGAAGGGCACUCUUUUACUGGUUCUAUGAGGCCACGACUCAGGCUGAUGUAAAACCAUUAGUUCUGUGGCUUAAUGGAGGGCCCGGGUGCUCUUCCGUGGGAUAUGGAGCAACACAAGAGAUUGGUCCUUUUCUAGUGGAUAAGGAUGGAAAUAGUCUUAAAUCUAAUCCCUACUCAUGGAACAGAGAAGCCAACAUAUUAUUCCUGGAUUCUCCUAUUGGGGUCGGUUUUUCAUACACGAAUACAACUAGUGAUUACAUUGGUUUGGGAGAUGUACUUACAGCGAACGAUGCUUAUAACUUCCUCCACAAGUGGUUCCUCAAGUUCCCGUCUUAUAGAAAGCGAACCUUUUAUAUUGCUGGAGAAAGCUAUGCAGGAAAAUACAUUCCGGAAUUGGCUGACCUCAUCCAGGACAAGAACAAAGAUCCCUCUCUUUAUAUCGAUCUCAAGGGUAUUUUGUUGGGUAAUCCCGAAACAUCUGAUGCUGACGACUGGAGAGGUCUAGUGGAUUAUGCUUGGAGUCAUGCUGUGAUAUCAGAUGAGACACAUAACAUAAUCAAAUCAACCUGUGAUUUUGACGCUAAUGAUACAUGGAGCAACAAAGAUUGUACUGAAGCCGUUGAUGAAUUAUUUAGACAGUAUAAGGUGAUUGAUAUCUAUAGCCUCUACACCUCAACCUGUACUAUCAAUUCAACUGAUGCAGAUAACAAUUCAAUGCAUUUCAAGAUGAAGCGCACAUCUAACAUGAUGCCAAGAAUCUUGGGUGGUUACGAUCCAUGCCUUGAUAACUAUGCUAAGACAUUCUACAACAGACCAGAUGUUCAGAAGGCUCUACAUGUUAGUGAUGGUCACCAGCUAAAGAACUGGAGCAUCUGCAAUGAGACUAUAUUUAACAAUUGGACAUACACAAAUCCAUCUGUCCUUCCUAUAUACAAGAAGCUAAUUACAGCAGGAGUUAGAAUAUGGGUCUACAGUGGAGACACGGAUGGAAGAGUUCCUGUACUGUCUACAAGAUACAGCUUAAAUGUCCUGAAACUACCCAUCACUAAGGCAUGGAGGCCUUGGUACCACGAGAAACAGGUCAGUGGUUGGUUCCAAGAAUACAAGGGACUUACGUUUGCAACAUUUAGAGGAGCUGGCCAUGCAGUACCUAACUUCAAACCAAGCGACUCAUUGGCAUUUUUCUCAGCCUUUCUCCUAGGAGAAUCUCCACAAGCUGUUCGUUAA